UUAGCAGUGUGAAGUAAAAGAAAAAAGCUGGACAAUAAUAAUUCUGGAACCGUCUCGAUUUGGGGCAAGCAGAGCAAAACCCCAGCAUGGCGAUCAUCUCAGAGGUUGAAGAGGAAAGCAGCAGCCGACCCUCGAUGCUGCCGUUCAGGGCGACCUUCGAUUCUUCCGACCCAUUAGGUUUCUUGCAGAAAGUGUUCGACUUUCUCGGCGAACAGAGCGAUUACCUCAAGAAACCCUCCGCGGAGGAGGAGAUCGCCGCCGUGGUAAGGGCAGCCAAGGAGAAAUUGAAUAAAGCGGAGAAGGAGAGUGUUGAGAAGAAGCCUGCUGAUCCUGUUGAGGUGAAGGACAGUGUGAAGCCCACCAUGGCUGCGUCAAGCUCAAAGCCUUUGGAAGAUAAGAAAGAUGGUCCCAUUGUUCCUAACAAAGGUAAUGGAACUGAUCUUGAGAACUACUCAUGGGUCCAGACUCUCCAGGAGGUCACAGUUAAUAUUCCAGUGCCUACUGGCACUAAAGCACGCUCUGUUGUUUGUGAGAUUAAGAAGAACCGUCUUAAGCUUGGUCUCAAAGGGCAGGAUCCAAUCAUCGAUGGAGAGCUCUACCGACCUGUGAAGCCUGAUGACUGUUACUGGAAUAUCGAGGAUCAGAAGAUGAUAUCCAUUUUGUUGACUAAGCAAGAUCAGAUGGAGUGGUGGAAAUGCUGUGUGAAAGGUGAACCUGAAAUCGAUACCCAGAAAGUUGAACCAGAGAACAGUAAACUAGCUGACCUUGACCCUGAAACUCGCUCCACUGUUGAGAAAAUGAUGUUUGAUCAAAGGCAAAAGCAGAUGGGUCUUCCAACAAGCGACGAGCUACAGAAGCAAGACAUUCUCAAGAAAUUCAUGUCUCAGCAUCCAGAGAUGGACUUCACAAACGCAAAGAUAAACUGAUCCUCGUGUAGCCUUGUUUUACUUCCUUCACCAUCUUGUCUCUCGUUUCAUCUUUGAAAACCUUACCUUUGUUCCUUUGAACUGCUUUUGUUUUGUCUACUUGAAAGCAUAGUUUCAUCUGCAAAUACAUGUUGGGUUAUUCCUCUAAGCCCUAUGGUUCGGUUUUUGUUUAUUGAAGCUUUUCUUAAAAUCA